GUUCGACGGGUAACUCAACAAAUUGUUCGAACUUUAUUAGUUCAUCACAUCCCAGAAUCUCUUAGUGUGCAUCCUGGUACCUCUGUUGUAGCCAAUUUUUGUAUCCAAAAACUUGAAAGUGAAGAUCCAUCAUCACGUAAUAUUUUCUACAUACUUUCACAUCUUCAGGAAAUUAUAGGUGUUUUUCCAAAGUCCAGUAUAAAAUUAUGCUGUGAAACUAUUUUCAGAGUCAUGACCUUAAGUAAUUCUAUGGUGACAUCUAGCUGCUUAAGGACUCUUCAAGGUCUUUUCAGUUCAGUACCCAAACCGGAGAGUCUUCCUGUUGAUUUAAAUGCUCGCAUUAUAAGCGCAUUAUAUGACUAUCAACCAAAUGUGAAAGAAACUCAGUCUUUGAUUAAUUGGCUUCAGUUGAUGGAGGUUGCUUUCCUUAAUAUAUUUGGUCUUGAUAAAAAGCUAUGUAUAUCUCAUUUGGCCAAAUUCUAUUCUGUUGUUGUGAAGUGUUGGCAAAAUGAUGAGGAAGAGGUUAUGGUUAUUAUAGCUUCUACUUUAAAGAAUCUUUUACACAAAUGCAUUGAUCCUGACAGUGAAGUUUUUCAAGAAUUCUUACUGGAAGAUCCUGUGAACAAUCCUAUGCAUAAAAUGUUUUAUCAUGUGGAAAGUGCAAUGAGCUAUCAAUAUCACAAAGCAUGGGCACAUGUUCUUAAUGUUCUCACAUCAUUUUUUCAGGUUAUGGGAAAGCAUUGUUACACAGUGAUGCUAAAGUGUCUUCAGUCUCUUGCUGAUAUGCAUGACAGUUAUAAAUUUCCCUAUGUCACUGAACUGGAAAAAGCCAUAGGGAUAGCAAUACAGAGUAUGGGUCCUCAAAUUGUACUGCAAGCUAUUCCUAUGCAUAUUAACAGAGAUAUGGAUAAGCCUGAUUUUCCUAGAAGUUGGUUACUGCCUUUGCUACGUGAUAAUAUAAAAAAAACAGAACUAAAAUUCUUUAUUCAGUACUUCUUGCCAUUAGCAGGAAAAAUAAGAAACCAAGCUCUGGUAUUAAUGCAAGAAGGAAAAGUUGUGGAAAAAAAACUAUAUGAAGUGAUUUGUUCACAGGUAUGGUCUUUACUUCCUGGCUUUUGUACAGAACCAACAGAUUUGAAAGAGUGCUUCAAAAGUGUUGCACAAACUCUUGGUGUAAUUCUUAAAGAUGAAGCUCCCUUGCGGAUGACAAUAUUGAGUUCUCUUAGGUUGUUAAUAAGUAAAAAUGUGGAAAAUGUGGAAUUCAUAACAGGCAGUGAAGCUGAAGAGACUUUGUUAGCCUUACAACUAGUUUACAGGAAUAAUUCUUUAAAGAAAACAUCCGUUUACGAGUGGUUAUCAAGAUUUCGGGCUGGACAGGAAUCGCUAGAAGACGAGAGCCAUAAUGGGAGACCUUCAACCUCCAGAAACAAAGGAAUGGUCGAGCAAUGCAGGCAUUGCUUGAUUGAUUUAUGUAAAGCUAUGUUACCAAAAGUGACUGAAUCUCAAAUAGAACAACUGUAUGAUUAUUGUAAGCCUUUGAUGCAGCAUUCAAACCACACUAUUAAAAAGAAAUCGUACAGUGUAAUAAGUGAACUUACUAUUUGUGAUUCUCAGUCAUGUAAAUCAUUUAUAAACUCUCAUUUGGAAGAUUUAAGGACACUUCUCUGCAGCUCUGCAAGUGGGCUAACUCCAUCUACCCGAGCUUUGCGAUUAAAGUGUUUGCAACACAUUAUUCAUCAAUUACCUCCAGAUGAAAAAGCAUAUUUGACAUCUAUUGUUUCUGAGGCUGUCUUGUGUACUAAAGAAAAUUCUGUCAAAGCAAGGACUGCUGCCUUUCAUUUAUUAAUUGAAAUAGGACAUGUACUGAAGAAGUGGAUGCCUGGUAAUCCAAAUGGAGCAUUACGAGAAUACAUGAAACUAUUACUUGCUGGCUUAGCGGGAAGUCCACAUCUGAUGAGUGCUUCAAUAUUAGCCAUUGGAAGAAUUGUAUAUGAAUUUAAGGAUGAUCUAGACUCGGAUAUUAUUCAUCUGCUUAUUGAAAACACAUGCCAUCUCAUCACGUCUCGAGCUCGGGAAGUUGUAACAUCAGCUUUAUCAUUCUUAAAAAUUUUAUUUGCAUGUGUGGAUAUCGCAGAACUUGCACAACAUGUUGAAUUCCUGGUAAAAAGCAUUACAAGCAUUUCGGAAGAUAAUCAGAGACAUUUUAGGUUUAAAGCUAAAGAAGUCUUCACCAGACUUAUUAGAAAGUUUGGAUAUGAGAUGAUAUCAAAGAUGGUACCUGAUACUUACCAGAAGCUUUUGACGAAUAUUCGUAAAAUGGAGGCAAGAAAGCAGCGUAAAAAAGGUUUUUCAGAUGAACACGAUGAUUCUGAAAUAACGACUUCAACUAAAAAGCCAGAUGAGUUUGAUGGAGUAUUGGCUGAUUCAGAUGAAGAAAUGUCUGAAAAUGAUGAAGUAAAACAAAUAAAAGUAUUAAAAAGUAAUGAUCCAUACAUUGAAGAGCAUGGGGAAAAUGAUAUUGUAGAUUUUAUGGAUCCUGCUGUGAAUAAAAGGCUGUUAACAAUGAAACCUGAAAGAAAAGUGAAAAGUAAAAAGACUGACAGCUUUCCACUGUCAAAAGAUGGUCGUAUUAUAAUACAAGAAGAAGAUGAUAAAUCUGAAAAGCAGGAUAAAGCAAAUGAAUAUCAUUCUGUUUUGGCUGACUUGGAAUCAUUUCGCAAGAAGAAAAAUAAAAGAAAGCUUGAAGAAGAUUUUGAAGAUGAUGAUGAAAUCAUUUCAGAAAUGAAAGCUGUGAAAAAAGGCAUUCAUCGUUCCUUGGGCCCACAGUCUAAGAAGAGAAGGCCUGGAGAAGAAUUUAAGGCUAAAAAAGCUGGUGGUGAUGUAAAAAAAGGUAAAUUUGACCCAUAUGCAUACAUACCUCUCAAUAGACAGGCUUUGAAUAAAAGGAAACAAGUAAAAUUAAAAGGACAGUUCAAAAAUAUUGUAAAAGCUGCAAAACGAGGAGCAGUUAUUGGCAUGAAAAGGAAAAUGAGACAGGCAAAAAAGAAAAAGAAUCAUUAAAUGAAAAAUUGUACAAAUUGUAUAUUAACUUAUUAAAGUUAUAUAAUAAUUA